AUGUUCCCUCAACAAGCGUCACUUCAGGACAACCAACAUCCCACCGACUCUGUCGCAGAAACAACAGACGUGUUCUCGAGCAGUCGACAACCACAGACAACAGGCUUUAUGCCCGGCGGCCUGAAUCAAGCGGCUCCAUAUCCCCCUCAACUCUUCGGUCGCUCCUACGCACCCAUGCACACCGCCACGAUGUUCUCCAAUAGUGCGCUCAACAGACUAGGACGCUUUACCGGUCAGGAAUCCCUGCUGGAAGGCGGUCCACUCAUGGAG